AUGGAUCGGAAAUGGAUGUUUGCUAAUCGAGCAUCAAAAGAAUACAAAGAUGGGGUUCAAGAGUUUGUUAGGUUUGCUAUUGCUCAUGCCGAAGAUACUAGUAAAAUCAUAUGCCCUUGCUUAGAAUGUUGUUAUACGGAUGUUAGUGCAAAUGUUUUGAAAGAUCAUUUAAUAUGUAAUGGAAUUGAUAAAAGUUAUACUUGUUGGAUAAUGCACGGUGAAGAAAAAACCAAGUCCACAAAGAGGAGCAAUGGGAGAGAUACAUCAAAUGAUUUUGAAAAUGAUACAAAUUAUGAGUUUGAUCGAGUUGAAGAAUUUGUGAAUAUAAUUGAAGAAGAUCUUCGUGAUUGUCCUCAAAUGUUUGAGAGGCUAGCAAGUGAUGCAGGGACUCCAUUGUACGAAGGAUGUACUAAAUUUACAAGAUUGUCUACGGUCUUAAAAUUGUAUAACUUAAAAGCACGCCAUGGAUGGUCUGAUAAGAGCUUCACAGACUUGUUGUCUCUGUUAAAGGAUAUUUUGCCUAAGAAUAAUGUGCUCCCUAGUCGGGCCUAUGAGGCUAAACGAUUGCUUUGUUCUAUUGGCAUGAGUUAUGAGAAGAUACAUGCUUGUCCAAAUGAUUGCAUUUUAUUUCGCAAUGAGUAUGCAUCACUAAAUAUAUGUCCUAAAUGUAGUGCCCCACGAUAUAAGAAGAAAGAAACAGCUCCAACCAAAACGCUAUGGUAUUUUCCGAUAAUACCAAGAUUCAGGCGCAUGUAUCGUAAUGCGGAAGAUGCAAAGAACUUAACAUGGCAUGCAAAUGAAAGGGUUGUUGAUGGAAUGCUUCGACAUCCUGCAGAUUCUCCUCAAUGGGCAAAAAUUGAUCAUGAUUACCCAAAUUUUGGGAAGGAAGAAAGAAACCUACGUCUAGCAUUGUCUACUGACGGAAUAAACCCUCAUGGUAUUCAGAGUAGUAAACUUACUUCUUGGCCGGUGAUGCUGCUGAUUUAUAACCUACCUCCAUGGCUAUGCAUGAAGCGCAAGUACAUGAUGUUGACUAUGUUAAUUUCUGGGCCCAAGCAACCAGGAAAUGAUAUAGACAUAUACUUGGCUCCAUUAAUUGAAGAUUUAAAGCAUAUGUGGGAGACAGACGUGGAGGUAUAUGAUGAGUAUAAAAAAGAAUCCUUCAAAUUGAGGGCUAUGCUAUUUGGAACAAUCAAUGAUUUUCCUGCCUAUGGGAAUCUAUCAGGCUAUAGUGUCAAAGGGAAGCUUGCAUGCCCCAUAUGUGAAGAUGAUACACAUUCAAUACGGUUGGAUCAUUGUAUGAAGAAUGUAUUUCUUGGACACCGUAGAUUCUUAAAUACCAACCAUCGUUUUCGAAAAUGGAGAAAAGCAUUUGAUGGUGAAUCAGAAGAAAAAAGAGCUCAUUUGCCUUUGACGGACGAUCAAUUAUACCAAAAGGUAAUAGCGCUUUAA